GCAAAACUACACAAACGCUACCCGCACAUAACCUAGCAGUUAACAGAAGAAAAAGAAAAUGCGGUUCAAGUAGGAGUAACACAACUAAACGAGUGACGUUUCCAUUUUAAGAGGAUUGCAUUAGGUAAUCUAGGAGUGGCGUUAUUUGGAGUGGUACUAAACUGACAGACACUAUGGGCAUAACACAGACCUCCACCAGGCUCUAUCUACUGCGAGCAGUUUAUUAUGUUCCUCUACAAAUACAUGAAUAACACACCAUGCGAGGAAGAGGCGACCCCCUAGUGCCAUGCUGAACAACCUCUCGUGUCUUUUACUGGCUCUGCUCGCCACCGCCAGCGUUUUUAGGUGGUCCCACUGCUGGAACGACGAGGACCUACUGCUUCCCCCCAUCAACUCCUCCAAUAGAUUCCUUGCAAACUUAGACGUGGACGUACGGUACUCCAAGAGAUCCGCAGAAUCCGCGCUGCAGCCCUUGUGCAACAUCAGCGUGCAAAGACUGAUUUCGACCUCGCUGGUGGCGCGCUGGGACAGACACUUCGGUUUCCAGUGCGAUGUCCUCAUCUACACCACCAACAACCACGGGCGAGCCUUUUUCUCGGCCGCUUUCAAUCGGGUUGUCUCACCUGUUGUCAUCGAACACCUGGGUGUUUCGGGGGGGCAGCAGGAGUUCAGGUUGUGCGUCGGGUGCGGUGUCUCGCGAAACAGGAGGUUCGGCCAGGCCAGGUCACACCCAACUCAAGCAGGGGAGCCCCUGGGUUUCUGCUGUCUAGAUUUUAGCUUGGACGAGCUGAAAGGGGAUAACAGCUGGAGACUUAACCGCAAGCCAAUCGAGUCCACUUUAGUGGCAUGUUUCAUGACUUUGGUGAUCAUUGUGUGGAGCGUUGCUGCCCUCAUCUGGCCAGUGCCUAUCAUCGCAGGCUUUCUCCCGAAUGGCAUGGAGCAAAGGAGACCAAGAUAAAACAAAAACGGUGUAUUUGGAUUUUUAAAAGUGCAUAUUUUAGAUUCAUUUUUAAGGGAUAGUAUUAGUUGAUUUCUUUUGUGGACACAAGCGAUAGUAUGAAAAACAAUUUGAUAACGUUUGGUUAGUUGUUUUUGAUGGGACAGUCUACACGCAGGUAACAAUAUUAUUUAAGGCGCAGUUUUAUUAUUUUAUAAAAAAAAAAAAAAAAAAAAAGUUUGGGUCAUGGUGUUUAAUUAAAGCGUUAAUUUUUAAAUAUUUUUUUCCCACCGCUUUUAUGAAUAGUAUUAGCAAUACAGCAUAUUGUAUUGCAUUCCAGUCGCUUCUGAUACUCUGCUUUAUGUACAGGGUCUUGCUCCAAGUUUUAUUUUGUUUAUUAUUUGCUGCAAAUAUUUAAACUAUCAAUGUGUUGUUAUAGCUUAUUACUAGGAGCGUAAACUGUAUGGUUGAAAAUACAUAUGAAACUAUUUAUUUUAAUGCUUUUUAAAUUUUUUGGAUUGUGUUUUUGUUGUAUAUUUGUGACCAAAUAUGUGAUUUUCUGGAGAAUAAUGAUGUUACAGCCCUCAAGGCAGUCAACCUGUGAAUUGUCGCCUACACUGUACAUAGGAAGAGAUGUUCGCCGCAUUAUUAAAAUCAUAUAUAAAUUCGUAAAGCUAUUUAGAAGUUCUGGUGAAAAAUGUACACCUUGAAGAAAUUUGACAACAGUUUUGUUAACAUUCUGUAGUCCUUAUAACCUGAAGGCAACUGUGCUUUUUGCAGAAAUAGAACUCUAACAUUUUUAUGAAAAUGUUUGAUAAAUCAGGCAUGAAGCAGGUUUCGCAAAACUGUGUUAUGUAUGCAGAGCUAUUCAAUCAAAAAAUGUCUAAAUGGACAGAAUCAGAAUUCUGAAAAAAAUGAAACACACACUGCUCAAAUAGGCUGCCUCUCACACGACUGAUUCCUUUGUUCUGCACAUGCCAUCUCCGACAUAUAUUUUGUAAUAUACUGUGUAAAAGCUACAUCUCCCGGUGGCGAGUUUGUUUUAGUAAACUGACUGAUGUUUUUUGUUUGUUUGUUUGUUUGUUUUGUUUUUUUAAAUGUAAUUUUAAUGUAAAGUUAUGUACAGCGCUUUGAUAUGUUCUACAGGAAAGGCGCAAUAUAUAAAUAAAACUGAUUGAUUGAUUGA